AUGGAAUAUAGGAAGCAAUUCAACGCACGGCACCAAUACGACGGUGAGGGCGUGCGAAGUUUUGUGCGGGAAUUGCGCCAACUAGCCAGCAGAGCAUGGGAACUGGAGAAGAAGCUGCUGGAGCAACUAGUCGAGGGGUUCAGGUCCAAUAAUGUACGACGUCAUCUGCUCUUGCACCCACUAUCGGACUUGGAGAUGGCUGUCAAACGUGUAGAAGAUCUGGAGAAGCUGGAGGCGGCCACAGCAGCACCCCGAGAAUGCCUAGCAGUGGGACACUAUGGGGCACAAGAAGUCGGACACCAAGCGUGGCAGAGAGGCCGAGGAAUGCGACGACAGUGGCGGCCCAACUAUCCGUUCCAGCACAGACCACCAGCCCCUUGGUAUAACAGGAUAUUCAACUACGGUGGACGACAACCUGGUGAGUCUAAUCAAAACAAAACGUUAAAUAUCCCCACCGUUUUCUGCCAGUCGAAUAGCCAGGACAAAUUGAUGAUCGAUGAUUGA